AUGAAUUACUGUCGUCUGGAAUAUUUAUUGGCUAACAGAAAAGACGAAAACUGUGGUACGACCCAGUACAGUAUCAAAGCCAGAGGGAAGGUCACCACAGUCCACCAUCUGUGCUCUGAUAUUUGGCAAAGAAUCUCCGAGUAUUUUGAAGUUAAAGAGUUGUUCAACAUAUUUGCACAUAUCACUUCUGAAGCUGAUCAAAUUUUAUUUGGUACAAGUAAUCAUUAUCAACUACGUGGACUGAUAAUGGAUAAUAAUGUAACGGACCUACCACCAACAUUGAAUUUGAUUUGUAUAGUUUCUCUCACCCUCUACGAUACAUGCUGUUUCGAAAUUAUUCAGCAGUGUAUGGAAAUCCGAUCAUUAAAAUUAAUUGGCGAAGCUAAAUGGAUCACAUCCAUAAUCAGACAAAUCUCUCAGACAUUCUACAAAUUGGAGCAGCUUGCUAUUAUGAUCUCUGGAAUUGGAUCUCUCUUAGAAGUGCUGAUAUUUGUUGUAUCGAUUACUUCAUUACGUCGAUUAGAGAUUUGUGCUGAUCAUUUUAUGGAACAUCAGAACGAUUUUAGCCCGGUAAUGGCAUCGAGCAAUUUGGAACAGUUUAUUAUUAACUCAUGCAAUAUGAUUGAUUGGAAUGACUUCUCAUAUGUACUUCCUUGUUUUGUUGAUCUUCAUUUACUAAGCGUCAGUCUGCUUGAUGAUCAACAAAAAUCAAUUCCUUCAUUUAACUUUCAAAAUUUACGUAGUCUUAAUAUUGGAUUGCGUGAAAUAUCAUUUAAUUGGAUUGUUCAACUCGUGGCAACAAUGCCUAAUCUUGCAAAACUCAAAUUGAAUGGACUUGUAAAUGAAGAUGGCUUCGUUAUUAAUCAGAGAUGGGCCUAUCUAUUGAAGUCUACAUCGAGUAUUACCCACAUAUUUGUCAAUGUCUUUUUGCAGCAAGACACAUGCUCCUACUUUUCUGAAGCGAUCAAAGAAAAAUUAAGUGCUUUUUGUUUAAAUCUGACGAGUAGCGAUGACGAUAUGGAUUGCAGUAUAGCUGACGAAAACGUAAAUCGAUGGUGGAAUUUGAAAGGAACAAUUAUUAAGCAAGGACUUACUGUUUGA